UCCGGUUGAUUGGUCCGUCAGUAAGCCGGUUUUACGUCGUGACACGACCAGUGAAUAUUGAAAAGGGCUUCAAUGAAUGUCCGAACAUUUUUCAUCUAGUGUAAAGGGCCACCCGUAGUUGUUUUUAACAAAACACUAACCAUGUCAACCGUAGGAACUAAUAAUGUCAACGACCCCAGGAGACCAAAUAAGAUUGUGAGAUACAAGCCCCCUGCAUCAGGAACUCCAUCAGAAGAUCCUACACCGGACUACAUGAACCUGUUGGGCAUGAUCUUCAGCAUGUGUGGACUCAUGAUGAAGCUGAAAUGGUGUGCCUGGGUUGCAGUGUAUUGUUCCUUCAUCAGUUUUGCCAACUCUCGGACGUCUGAAGAUACAAAACAAAUGUUGAGCAGUUUUAUGUUGUCAAUAUCGGCAGUUGUGAUGUCCUACCUCCAGAAUCCACAGCCCAUGCAGCCCCCAUGGUGAAGUCUGCACAAGAUACCACUCCAUUAUCCAAUGUACAUUUUCAUCCCAGUGUCUGCAUACUCAGAUGUCAUUACAGACCCCGUCAGUGUACAACACAAGCCCAUAAUACACAAGAUACAACCGUAUGAUACCAAGAUAGAAACCAACCCUACAUAUUUUUAUGUUAGACUUUUUGUAUCCCUGUCAGUAGGUGAAAUGUCAUUUCGAUUUAAAGCUAUAUGCUGGUCAUUUUCUGCGGAAUGCUGACAGAUGUAUGUUAUUUUGUACCAGUGAGUCUUCAUCACUGUUUGAUCUACUGACUAUAAGUCCUGGGCCUAGAUUUUCAGCUCUCUUAGUGUUAAGAUAGUCAUAAGUUAAUGUUAAGGUAUAGCACUUACGACUAUCUUAGCGCUAAGAGAGCUUCGAAAAUCUAGGCCCUGGUGUGAUGCAAUGUGUAUUUAUUUAAGUUAAUUUAAGUGAUACAUAAACAGAUAAUUAAUACUUUCAGGAAUCUAGAUUUGUAAUUUAAUGUUUUGAUAAUUUUGAACAUCCUGACAUUCAUGACUGAUGUGUUUGAUUUCUAAUUCCAUAUAGUGUCAGUAAAAGUAUUAUUCACCAUAUUUUCAGUGUCAGUCUUUGUGAAUCAAGAGGUAAAUUAGGUUUGUGAAUGUUUACAUCAAGUUACAGUAGAAGUAAGAUACUGCCUUGUAUUGACUCCAUUGUUUCAUAAUAUUGUCUGUUUCUGUGAAAGAAGGUAUACUUGUGUGGAUGUCUCUGCCUAAAAAUGCCAGUAUGAAUGGUUUCCCUUUGGAGUAGUUUUCUGUGUGAGAGACAUUCUUUGGUGUAUCGACUGAACAAAUGGAAUGUAUUUUUGGCAUUGCAGGCUAUAAAUCCUGAGACAAGACAUCCCGUAAAGAACUAUUCUUUUAUGUUUGAAUUGAAUUAGUCUUUGUGAUGGUAUGUAAAUUUGAAGAUUGUAAAGGAAUCAGGGUUAAUAUUUUGUCAAUUCAUGAGAAGGAAAUAAAGGUUUUAAGUCUU